AAAAAUGCCCACGGCAAGGUCAUCAUUCUGUACGACGAUGACGAGAGGCUGGCCAGCCAGGCGGCCACCACCAUGUGCGAGCGGGGGUUUGAAAACCUCUUCAUGCUUUCCGGAGGUCUAAAAGUCUUAGCUCAGAAAUUCCCAGAAGGACUGAUUACCGGUUCCCUGCCAGCCUCUUGCCAGCAGGCCCUUCCUCCUGGCUCUGCCCGGAAACGAUCCAGCCCCAAAGUGCCGCCCCCACCAGCUGAGAAUAAAUGGAGAUUUACCCCAGAAGAUUUAAAAAAGAUAGAAUAUUACCUGGAAGAGGAUCAGGGUCCUGCGGACAAUCCCAGCCGGCUGAGCCAAGUGAACGCCGCUGGAAGAGACUCCAAGGUUCCAGGCGCCCGCAGCAGUCAGAACCUGCCCACCGGGGGCCCUGCUGGCCCCCCAAACCCCCGCUCACUCAGCAGCGGCCACCUGCAAGGCAAGCCCUGGAAGUAAAAACUUUGCCCGUCUUAGUCAAAUAAAUACUUCUUCUCCUUUCGGAA